UGGGAUUGCCAAGGGCCUUGUAAAUGUCAGGAAUGUAAAUGUGUUCAUUAAUGGCAUUCAGUUCGCGAAUUGAGUGCCACGCUUCUAAAAAUAACCUUUUUGACCUUUGGGAACAGCGGUCAACGAUCUUGACGUCGUCAAGGUCAAAAUCAUGAUUGUUUUGUACGCAAUGUUGGCUAAUAAAGAAUUCCUGUCUCCCGUGAAAAUCGCUCUCUUGUGUUCUCUAGUCCUGGCUCGUAGGGCUCUCAAUGUUUGACCGACAUAGACUUUGUCACAGUCUUUACAAUUGAUUUUAUAGAUCACUCCUGUUGAUAGGUCUUUACUAAAUUAGUCUUUAGGUUCUUUUAAAAUGGAGCCAACGGUCAUAACGGGUUUGUGGGCAACAUUGAUAUUGAACUGAUCUGAAAUUCUUGCGAUUCUCUCUGAAGUUCCUUAAAUGUACGGUAAAGUAACAAAACCUCUGUUGGUUUGAGACUGUUUUGUAGAAACAAUGGUACUUUGAUAGCUUCUAAUAAAUUGGUCCGUGUAAUCACUAAUCUUUAGAGCGUCGACAACGUGUUAAACUUCGGAUAAUUUGUCUGCGUCAGUUGAAGGGAUGUUCUUUGCUCUGUCGAGAAGAGUUCUUGCUACUGAGCGUUUGUGUUGAGAAGGGUGGUGAGAGUUGAAUUGGAGGUAUUUGUCAGUGUGUGUGGCUUUCCUGCAGACGCUAGUUUUUAUAGUUCCAUCGAGAUUCCUGGUUGUCAUGGUGUCCAGAGAUGCGAUGAAUCCGUCUUUUUCUUCUUCCACUGUAAAUCUGAUAUGUUGAUUAAUUGAAUUAAGGUCGGAGUGGAACUCUGUAAGAUGUUCACGAGCGAUGCAGACAUGGCUAUCGUUGACAUAUCUAUACCACCACUUAGGAGGGUGGGGUGCGGUGUUUAAAGCUCUUUCUUCGACGUGUCUGCGCUACCACCAUUGAGGUGCUACCUCUUUUUUUCAAUACAGUCGCUAACCCUCUUUGACGUUGAUUUUUUUAGGCUCAACCUUUUGCCAGGGAACUUCUAGAAAAUAGGCAAGGAGGCCAACUUAGGGAACUUCACGUUUUUCGCGGAAAAAGCCCGCAGGAACACACCCUAGCUGAAAUUGUCAUCCACACGUCAGCAGCCUUACAGUGUGUUGGUUCAGGCUCAUUGGCUCAGCCUCUUUAUACGCUAAUGACAAAUCCAUCCAAGCUGAAGAAUUCAUUCCUACCAACCAUGCCAGACGAUGAGUACACCAAAGCCAUGAAGGGAAUUCUGGAUCGUGGGAAGUGGUAUGAGUGCGGAAAUUGUAGCCUUCCUUAUUUCAUUGGCGAGUGUUCGAGACCAAUGCAGAAGACUAAGUGUAAUGAGUGCGGAAAUAUACUGGGAGGAGCGGAUCACAAGUUCCAGGGAAAAUACAGGGAGUGUGAUAGGUAACUCGAAACAUGUCUAUUCUUAGCAAUUGGAUAACUUAGAAGCUACCUGAUGAUUGUCCUCAAGUAUAAAAGUAAUGUUUCGACUUCUUGCAUGUUCAAGUAACAGAGCUAAAUUAUAACCGAUGUCACUAGUUUUUAACUGACUGUAGCGUUUAGGAUAGUGAGUAAACUAAUUGAAAGAGUUGUUUUUAACCAACUUUAUGAAUAUUUAAGAAGCUGUCUCUGUAAAAACCGACCACUGAUUUUACUUCGAAA